GCGGAGUCCGAGCGCGUGUUCCGCGAGGGUGGAGACUGUGCGGGAGGCAGAAGCUCCCUUGGCCUGCUCUACGGAAGCCUGCGAGGGAGGGUGGUGACUGCUGUCCCUGUUGCUGCCCAGUCCAGUUAUCCCGAUGCCGAGCGCCAGCGCCAACCGCAAGGGUCAGGAGAAGCCGCGGGAGAUCAUGGAGGCGGCGGAAGAUUUUGCUAAAGAAAGAUAUGGCGUAUCUUCAAUGAUACAGUCACAAGAAAAACCAGAUCGAGUUUUGGUUCGCAUUAGAGACUUGACAGUACAAAAAGCUGAUGAAGUUGUUUGGGUGCGUGCAAGGGUUCAUACAAGCAGAGCUAAAGGGAAGCAGUGUUUCUUAGUCCUACGUCAGCAGCAGUUUAAUGUCCAGGCUCUUGUGGCUGUGGGAGACCAUGCAAGCAAGCAGAUGGUUAAAUUUGCUGCCAACAUCAACAAAGAAAGCAUCGUGGACGUGGAAGGCAUUGUGAGAAAAGUGAAUCAGAAAAUUGGAAGCUGUACACAGCAAGAUGUUGAGUUACACGUUCAAAAGAUUUAUGUGAUCAGUUUGGCUGAACCCCGCCUGCCCCUGCAGCUGGACGAUGCCAUUCGGCCUGAAGUGGAAGGAGAAGAGGAAGGAAGAGCUACUGUUAACCAGGAUACAAGACUAGACAACAGAGUCAUUGACCUUAGGACAUCAACUAGUCAAGCAGUCUUCCAUCUCCAGUCUGGCAUCUGCCAUCUCUUCCGAGAAACUUUAAUUAACAAAGGUUUUGUGGAAAUCCAAACUCCCAAAAUUAUUUCAGCUGCCAGUGAAGGAGGAGCCAAUGUAUUUACUGUGUCAUAUUUUAAAAAUAAUGCAUACCUGGCUCAGUCCCCACAGCUGUAUAAGCAGAUGUGUAUUUGUGCCGAUUUUGAGAAGGUUUUCUGUAUUGGACCAGUAUUCAGAGCUGAAGACUCCAAUACCCACAGACAUCUCACUGAAUUUGUUGGUUUGGAUAUUGAAAUGGCUUUUAACUACCAUUACCAUGAAGUUGUAGAAGAAAUUGCUGACACCUUGGUACAAAUAUUCAAAGGACUUCAAGAAAGGUUUCAGACUGAAAUUCAAACAGUGAACAAACAAUUCCCAUGCGAGCCAUUCAAGUUUUUGGAGCCAACUUUAAGACUAGAGUAUUGUGAAGCACUGGCUAUGCUGAGGGAAGCCGGCAUCGAAAUGGGGGACGAAGAGGAUCUGAGUCUUUUCAGGUACUGUUUGAUCUUCAAGCACCUGAUUUCAUGUCUCUUUCCCAGUACACCAAAUGAAAAACUGUUGGGUCGACUGGUAAAGGAAAAGUAUGAUACAGAUUUUUAUAUUCUUGAUAAAUAUCCCUUGGCUGUAAGACCUUUCUAUACCAUGCCUGACCCAAGAAACCCUAAACAGUCCAACUCUUACGAUAUGUUUAUGAGAGGGGAAGAAAUAUUGUCAGGAGCUCAAAGAGUUCAUGAUCCUCAGCUGCUAACAGAGAGAGCCUUACAUCAUGGGAUUGACUUAGAGAAAAUUAAGGCUUACAUCGAUUCUUUCCGCUUUGGAGCACCUCCUCAUGCCGGCGGAGGGAUUGGGCUGGAACGAGUGACUAUGCUGUUUUUGGGAUUACACAAUGUCCGUCAAACCUCAAUGUUCCCCCGUGAUCCUAAACGACUCACGCCUUAAAACUUGUUUUUUAUUCUUUCCAGUAACCUGCUAUUGAUCAGGCUGUACCUUAGGCACUUAGAAUAUACAGUAGAAUAAAUGUCUUCUCUAAAGUGCUACAGUUAUUUCUGAAUUAAUUCAAUGUAGGUUAAUUUAAAAGAGAAGAUUUUUAUAACUUCAGACAUCCUUCAGUAGGAAAUGCUUCAACAUUUUAAUAAAUUCAUAUGGUUAUGCUGAAAAUUCAUAUUCCAUUACCACAGUAAAUGUUAACAGUUUUAAAUAGUUAAGAUUAUGCAAUUUUUUUUUUCUUCUUUUUUACAGUUGCCACAGGAUUGUGGUCUUAAAUUUUCAACCUUUGAACUUAUUUUUUUUAAUUAUGACAUUGAAAUAAGAACAAUUGGAAAAGUAUCUGAGAUUUUUGUGAACAUAUAAUUGGCUUCUCAUGGAAAAUUAGAAUGUAUCCAGAAAUCAUAUAAAGCAGGUGAAAAUACUGGCUAGAAAAUAUUCAAUAUAAUAUUGUUUUAAAUUGUUAUAUUCCAAACGAGUUUCAAUAAAAUUUUAACACUAA